AUGCGAUUCUACUACACCAAGCUCGAGGAGGGGCGCGAGAGAUGGCGGAGCCGGCUGGAACGGCUCCAGGAGGAGUGCUCCGAGGAGCGCAAGGCGGUCAGGGAACAGGUGUCCCGCCUCACGGAGAGGGCGGAGGGAGCGGAGGCGGCGGCGAGGCGGGCGGCGGGGGUCCGAGAGGACAAGUCGGCCGGGCUAAGAGCCUCCCUCUCGGCCGAGUUCGCGCAGGUGGAAGCUAAAGUCGCGGCGGUCCUCGGCAGAAAAACUGAGCAGGCGGAUGCCCUGAAGGAGCGCCUGACUUCCUUGCAAGGCCAGACCAAGGCCCGGGAGGAAGAGCUAUCCGAUCAUCGACGUCGGACUUUCAGCUAA